AUGAGCCAUGUCGGUACAAACACCCAGGCCGGUUAGGGGACCGCCCCGUCGACAUCCAUCAAUUGAGUUCAGGGCGUCUCCCUUGCGAUCAGCUUCAAGGGCCAGUCCUACUACUACCCCAGCACCGAAUCAUUCAACCAAUCCGACAGCCGUUCUCGGUCACUGGAGGCCACCUUUGACUCACGAGGACCGACGAGAUUCCAGCGAAUUACGCAAGAAGAUCAAAGUGAUUCUGGGCGAAAGUCUUGACGAGGACUCUACCCCCCAUUGCCUAUUGGUCGCGUCAAUACAUCCCAGCUGAACGCAACUACCCUACGCACGAGCAGGAACUCCUAGCUAUUGUCGAGGCUCUCAAGGAAUGGCGCAUUGAUCUCCUGGGUGGCCAUUUUCACAUCCUUACCGACCAUUCCACACUUGAGCACUUUCAGACGCAGCGCACGGUCAUCUCGCGACGCCAGGCGCGCUGGCUUGACACCUUGGCCGAAUUCGAUUACGACCUCCAGUAUCUCCCGGGCAGGGAGAACAUUGUAGCCGACGCGAUGAGCAGGUACUCCUUUCCCGAGCCACUUCCCGUCAUUGUGGCCAACAUUUCGCAAGUCUCGCUCUCGGAUGUCGUCAAGCAGCAAAUUGUCGACGCGUACAAAACCGACGCAUUCUGCCAGCAAGCCCUGAACAACAUCGCGUCGGUCGCAUCGGAGUUCAAGAUUAUUGACGCAUUGCUGUAUUUACGGGGCCGGCUUGUCAUUCCACUACUAGCCCCGCUCCGUGAGUCCAUCCUUCACGAUGCUCAUGACGCGCUGGGGCACCUAGGUGAUGUAAAAACGUACCAGACUGUUAUACAGACGUACUUUUGGCCGAACAUGUCCCGCCACGUCAAGCAAUACGUGCAACAAUGUGACUCAUGUCAACGAACCAAGGCCCGUACCACUCGCGUCGCGGGCAAGCUUCACUCCCUUCCCGUUCCAGUGCGCCCCAUGACGGACAUCGCCGUUGACUUUGUCGGACCGUUGCCAACAAACAAGGGGUUCGACCGUGUCUUGACGAUCACCGAUCGACUGUCGGGAUAUGUCCGCCUCAUCCCUGCGCGCGAAGCCGACACAGCGGCGGAUGUUGCCAACCGCUUUCAUGAGGGGUGGCAUCGUUUUUUUGGCCUGCCUCAACGCAUUGUCUCGGAUCGUGACAAGUUGUUCACGAGCAAGUUCUGGUCCGCCCUGCACAAGCGUCUGAACAUCAAGCUGCAACUUUCCUCGGCGUUCCACCCCGAGACUGACGGGCGCAGCGAGAAGACGAACAAGACCGCAUUCCAGAUCCUACGCUCGCUUGUCAACAGGGAACAAUCCAAUUGGGUUGAAUGUCUCACCGCUUGUGAGUAUGCCAUCAACUCGUCGGUCAACGUUUCGACGGGGAAGACCCCGUUUGAGCUUGUCCUGGGGUACACACCCACCCUCGCCCCGCUUGCCCCUAUUGAGGGCGACGAGGAGCUCCCAUCGGUUGAGGAGCUGCUCGCACUUCGCUUCCAGUCAUGCGAGGAGGCACGAGACCAACUCGCUGUGUCCAAAGUUCGUCAAGCCGCCCAAGCCAACAAGGACCGCGCGGAUGAACCUUCAUGGGCCGUCGGGGACCUUGUGCUGCUCGACUCAAGUGACCGCAGGAAGCGACUUCACACCCGCAAGCGCCGCGCAGCCAAGCUCAUGGACCGUUUCGACGGCCCUUAUCGCAUUGUUGCGGCGCAGCCAGGGAUCUCCACGUACACCUUGCAACUCAACAAGGACGAUUCCGCGGUACCGUUCUUCCACACGGGCAAGCUCAAGGCCUACCGCUCAAAUGAUUCGGAAUUGUUCCCAAGCCGAGAACCCGCGCGCCCGGGACCGGUGGACGUAGGUGGAGAACCCGAGUGGGUCAUCGAGGACAUCGUCGAUGAAAGGGUCCGAGCGGGGAAGACUCAAUAUUUGGUCUCUUGGGUUUCAUGGCCGUCGGAUAGCGAUUCAUGGGAGCCUGCCGAGGCACUGGAGGACACGGAGGCAUUGGACCGUUGGGAACAUCGGAACGAGGAAUGAGAGUGUUUUUUCAGAGGGGAGCUUUGUGUCAAGGAGGGGAGAGUGUAAGGCAAGGCCUUACGACGGGCCACAGGCAUUAGAAAUAGAGCUUGCGCGCGCCUAG